AUGGCGAUGGCGUCGGUGUCCGUAGAAUUUCAAAACCUCACAUUGUCUGAAUGCUUCGACCAAGGCCUGUCGUCUUACGAGAGUAUUUGCGAAUCUACAGAGCCGGCCAAGGAAUCUGGAACGCAGUACAGGAUAAUAAAAUGCAUGAAAAUAUUGGAGCACACUACACAACUUGUAUCCGCGGCCGGCAUGUUCAGCAACAAUGAAACCAUCGAAGAGAUACCAACGGCCGACGUCAAAUACAUGUUAUUGCCAUUCAUGUUGGGAUCUCUGGCCCUAAAACUCACAAACAACGGCAACAGAUUGGACGUCGUCAAAACAGCGGAAGUGUAUUUCAGAGAUUAUCUACAAAGGUGUAAAGAUUAUGGAUUGGCCGACCAUACAAUACCACCUGUGUACACAGACUCUGAGGAAACCACUACUCAGGCCACUAUGGACUUUUCUCUCAUGGCUCGUAGGCGUGCCGAAAAAAUUAAGAGUUACAAGGAACAAAAAUUAAUGGAGUCUCAGUUACAGCUGUUGAAGGAACAGAAUGAAUGUGAAUCUGAAGAUGACGAAAUGAGAAGAAAGUACAUAGUCUCUUUACUGAAAUAUAAUGUUGGCAAGGCUUUGGAAGAAUUAGAUUCGCUUCAAGCCGAAAUGAGAAUUUUACACUAUAAAUUGAAACAUGAGGAUAAAGACAACCCUGAAAACGUAAAAUCUCAAAAGCUCAAACCUAAACCGUUAAUGCCUAUUAUUAUCACAAAAAAUGAGUUACAAAAACAAGUAUUUGGUGCUGGCUAUCCGAGCUUGCCAACAAUGACAGUUGAAGAAUUCUGUCAACAACGUAUCAAUGACGGAAUAUGGCAUCUACCUACUGCUGAUAAUACCAAGUGUUUACAACAACCGUCUGAAGCCCCAGAACCAGAAUAA